AUGGAGGGAAUCUCUGUGCAUAUUACCGUUGAAUACGCAGAGGCUCUUUCACUGGAACCAGCUUGGUCAAUGGUGACCAGGAUCAAUGACGUUCCAGUCGGCUGCCGUAUUCUAGAUCAAACAAAGGUUGACGGAGAGUGCCUGAUCUGGUGGUCUCCUUUGAUAGGCAUGAGUCCAAACUUUCUCUUCGACCAGGAUUACCAGUCAGCCGAGACAGAGUCUGACGCUGAUCAAUCAAUCGAUUCGUGUCCGCAUCCACCUGACCAGAAGGAUGGCAUGCCACGACAGGAUGUACACCGCCCGGUGCCAUCGAUACCUCUGUCCGCUGCCCUUACGCCAGAGACUCAGUGGUGA